GUGACCGGCCAUCAUUCUUCCCUCUCGCUAAGACUUCUCCUCCUCUGACCUAACUAUAAACCAUUCCAACGAAGUCGGAGUCACCACACCCCACGGCCUUCCUCCUCCGCCGCCAUUCUCUUUUAUGCCGCUACCUUCGCCGACGUCAUGAGGGCUGGCCGGAUCCUGAGCCCCCUCUCCGAUGCUUCCCCUUAUCCUCCUCCGCGAGUGUACUCACCCCCUUAAAUGCUUCUCCGGGGCCCAUCCUACCCUAACGUGCUCCACCACCACCUCCUCCUCUCCCGUCUCCACCUCGCCACCGCCACCGCCACCGGCCCAGCCUCCGAUGCCCCCGACCUCUGGAUCGCCAAGGCCAUCGCCACCGCCUUCCUCCUCUCCCCCUCCACUGCCUCCUCCGGGCUCGCCCCAUUCCUCCCUGCCCUCUCGCCCUCUGUCGCUUUCGCCGCCGUCCGCCGUCUCCCAACCGCCGAGUCGGCGCUUGGCCUCUUCCAAGUCACCCGCUCGGCCUUUGGCGUGGCUCACUCGGCCACCGCCUAUCGAUUUCUUGUCGCACGUCUUUUUCGCUCGGGACUCCACGAAGCCGCACUCAAGGUGUUCGACCAAAUGGCGAGCGACGGGCAUUCUCCUGAUGGCCCGUGUCUUGAGUUUUUCGCUAAUUCCUUUGCUGAAGCCGGUCAGCUGGAUGCUGCCUUGAAAUUACUCGCACGAGCUUCUGAAUUCAAUUGCCGGGUUCGAUGUUACACCUUUAAUAAGUUCAUGAACCUUUUGGUGGGAAGAAACCGAGCGCAAGAUGCCAUUUUUCUCUUCAGAGAGCAAUUGGCUUCGCAAUUCUUCACUCCAGAUACUUGUAGCUUUAAUAUCAUUAUCAAAGGUUUAUGUAGAUUGGGUGACACUGAUGGUGCAUUUGAGUUUUUCAAGGAAAUGAGGGAUUUUGGAUGUACUCCAGAUACAGUCACCCACAACAUUCUUGUCGAUGGUUUGUGUCAGACCCAACAGGUGGACAGGGGGCACGAGAUGUUGAGGAGAAUUCAAUCAGAUGGCUUGUGUGUGCCGAAUGUUGUCACGUACACUUCUGUCAUCUCAGGUUAUUGCAAGAUGGGCAAGAUGGAAGAAGCCUUGGAGGUUUUCAAUGAGAUGAUUGAGUUAGGAAUAAGGCCUAGUAGAGUCACCUACAAUGUGCUCAUUGAUGGGUUUGGUAAGGCUGGCGACAUGCCAUCCGCAGUUUCUAUGUAUGAGAGGAUGAUGGUCUGUGGUUGUCCUCCUGAUGUUGUGACCUUCACUUCAUUGAUCGAUGGGUACUCUCGGAGUGAGAAGUUGGAUGAUGCAUUGAGGCUGUGGAAUGAGAUGGGUCAGAGGGGUAUUCGGCCCAAUGCUUACACCUUUGCCAUUGUCAUUAGUUCUCUGUGCAAGAAGAAUAGAAUAUCUGAGGCUUCACAUUUUCUGAAGGAACUAAGUGAGAGGAGGGAUAUUGUACCCCAUGCCUUCAUUUAUAAUUUUGUAAUUGAUGUGCUUUGCAAGGUGGGAAAUUUAGAUGAGGCAAAUAUACUUUUGUUAGAAAUGGAGGAGAAGAGGUGUUCUCCUGAUAAGUUUACAUUUACUAGUUUGAUCAUAGGACACUGCAUGAAGGGUAGAAUGGUGGAAGCCAUUGGCCUUUUCCAUAAGAUGGUGGCCACUGGCUGUGCCCCUGAUAGUGUAACAGUUAGUUCCUUGGUGUCUUGUCUUCUGAAGGCUGGCUUGCCUAAUGAGGUGAACCGGAUUAUGCUUAUCGCAUCGGGAAGAGAUUUAGGAUUGGAUAUAUCAUCUUCCAAGGAGAGCCCUUCAUCAUUGGGACAAAGCCCAGAUAUUACAGUGGCUAUGUAGCUGAAGGAUGUUUUUGAUGCAGAGGAGUGAGGUGGAGAGGCGAUGACUUCAUGAUGUGUAUUCUGUGGAGAUUCUGGCACGGGCUAAAUUAUCAGGACCAAUCAAUUAAACAAGAUGUGGCUUGACGGUUAAAGCAACAAGCCUGUAGACGCAAGUGACAAAACUUUGGUUUCUGAUUGACUCGGCAAGUUGUAGCAUUUGAAUCAAUAAGUACAUCACAUUGCCUCAUAUCAUAUGAUUUAUAACUUCAUUUUCUUUCCAUGGUUCUACAUUCAUACCAGUACCAUCAAAAUGGCUGUCAGCUGUAUCUUUUUGUUUCUGUACUUUAGUGUCAUUCUUACCCUUGCUGGAUUGAUAUUUGAGAUCAACUCCUCCUGUACAUUAAUCAUCGAACUUUUAGCUUUCUAUAAAUCUUUUGCUUCUUGAA